GCUAUUAUUCUCAGGAGAAAAAUGCAAGAUCUGUUUCCAAUUCCUUCCUGCUUUUCUUCCGGCGAAAAGCUCCAUGAUGAUCCAACCUCAGCAGUUGCAACCAGGUCAGGCCAAGGUGCGGUGAUGCUAAUAUACCGCACUUGGAUCGCAGGCCACUGCCGCCUGAUUACUGUCACAUGGUGCAAGAAUCUACUUGCGCAUGGCCUCUCAGUCUUGGUAGAAGGAUCGGACAACAACGAUGAGCAUAAAAGCAAUGGCAACAACAGCAUCAAUGUUGAUAGCAGCAGCAGCAGCAGCAACAAACACCAGAACAGCUGCAAGGUUGAGAUGCGGCCAUGGAACUUUUGGCGAAAGCAAGGCUCCAAACGGUUCCAUGUGGAGGGGAAGCCUGUUGAUGUGUACUGGGAUCUCAAGAAUGCUAAAUUCUCCGAUGAGCCCGAGCCUCAGUCAGACUACUAUGUUGCAGUUGUCUCUAAUGAUCAGGUGGUUCUUUUACUUGGUGAUUUGAAGGAGGACGCCUUUAGGAGGACAGGUUCACGGCCUUCACUCAUCGAAGCCAUCUUAGUAUCCAAGAAGGAGCAUGUCUUUGGUAAGAAGAGAUUCUCAACUAGAGCUAAAUUCCAUGAGGAGGCAAAAUUCCAUGAUAUUUCAAUAGAAUGCAACAGUAGUAGUAGUAGCACCAACGGCGGCAUGGAUUCAGAGAUGGUGAUGAAGAUCGAUAAACAUGUCGCCAUUCAUGUGAGACAUCUGCAAUGGAAAUUCAGAGGAAAUGAAUCAAUUUCCAUCAACAAACAGAGAGUUCAAGUGUAUUGGGAUGUUCAUGACUGGCUCUUCGCCCCUGGGUUAAGGCAUGCGCUGUUUAUAUUUAAGCCCGAGUCAUUGCCAUCAUCAUCAUCAUCGACAUCAUCGAGUUCAUAUAAUAAUUUUGCAGGAAGUAAUGCUAAUGGAGGUGAGUCUUCUGGUUUUUGCUUGUUUCUAUAUGCUUGGAAGCUUGAGUAA